UUAGCAGGGUCACUGUCCACAGGUUGAGCAACACUGACCAAAGGUUUGCUAAGACCUCGCAGGAAUCAGAAAAUUAAAACUGAGCUGAAAAAAGCAAGAACAGGACACAGGAGGACACACGAACAUGACAGAGUUCAGCUGUUAUCAAAGGGAACUGAGGUUGCCCAUUUCUGUGGUAAAGAGAGCACUGACACAGAGAAAGCCCCUGGAGACUCAACAUUUUACUCUCUAGAUAACAAAAUGACUGUCACAUUCAAAAGUGAUUAUUCUAAUGAGAAGGAAUUUACUGGUUUUGAGGCAUUCUAUUCUGCAGAAGACAUAAAUGAAUGUAAAGAAAUCCCAGAAUCCUGUGAUCAUUUCUGUCACAAUCACCUUGGUGGAUUUUCCUGCAGUUGCAGAUCGGGUUUUACAUUACAUAGUGACAAGAAAAUAUGCCAAGCUCAAUGCCCUGAUAGGGUGUACAAAGGAACAUCAGGUACAAUAACAAGCCCUGAUUAUCCAGAUGCCUAUCCUAAACUUUUUAACUGCAAAUACAGGAUUCAUGUUGAAGAAGGAUUGUAUAUUAUUCUGAAAUUUCUGGACUUCAAAGUGGAAUUCCAUCAGGAUGUUCUGUGCCCUUAUGAUAAAUUGCAGAUCACAGCAAAAGGGAAAGAAAUAGCUGUACUCUGUGGAGAAACACUGCCUACAGACAUUGAAAUUAAAAGUAACAAAGUUGAUGUGCUUUUCAGUACAGAUGAUUCUGGCUACCACACUGGAUGGAAGAUUCAAUAUACCACAAAAGCAAUUCCAUGUCCUGAUCCUAUACUCCCACGUAAUGGUAAUUUCAUUCCAGAUCAGAAAACAUAUGUGGCAGGGAACCAUCUAUCUCUUACUUGUGACAAGGGAUUUGUACUUCUGGAGAAUGCAAGAACAAUACCUUCAUUCACAAUGACCUGUCUGCCCGAUGGGACAUGGGACAAAAAGUUGCCAAAGUGCAUAAUUGUUAACUGUGGUAACCCUGAUGACAUAGAAAAUGGAACAUAUAGCUUUGUGACAGCAAAAGAAGUGACUUUAUAUAAUUCAGUUGUGCAGUAUAAUUGCACAGAACCCUAUUACAUAAAAGAAGGAAAAGGAGAGUACAGGUGUGGAGCUGAUGGGUUCUGGGAAGAUAUUGAAUCUGAGAAGAAAACACCCCCAAUCUGUGUGCCUGAUUGUGGAAAGCGGAAACCAGCAGCUGCUGGUCGAAUAGUUGGAGGGGAAUUUGCCAAUGUUGGGGAAUUCCCAUGGCAAGUGUUUAUAAAUGCCAAUAACGAGAGGGGAGGAGGGGCACUACUACUGGACAACUGGAUUUUAACAGCGGCGCAUGUAGUCUACUCCUACGAUGAUUUAUCAAGCAUACUUAUAAAAAUGGGAUUCCUGUCAACUCAGGACAGCAAUUACAUAAGGGGCUGGCCAGAAGCAGUUUUUAUCCAUGAGGGCUACAAACCAGGACAUUAUAACAAUGACAUUGCCCUGAUUAAACUUAAAAACAAAGUGCCUCUCAGUGAAGAAAGCAUUCUUGGCAUAUGUCUUCCUACAAAAGAAAAGUCGUACCAUAUUUCACACAAAGAUGAUGACAAUCAUGUAGGCCUUGUAGCUGGCUGGGGACUAACUGAGGCACAACGCUCUUCUCGCAAAUUAAGGUUUGUUGAAGUGAAUAUUGUCGAUCAUAGCACAUGCAAAGCUGAAUAUGCAAAGCUGGAUGCACAAUAUAUAGUAACUGAAAACAUGAUAUGUGCUGGCUUUGAAAUAGGUGUCAAAGACUCUUGUGCUGGGGAUAGUGGAGGUGCACUGGCAUUUAUGAAUGCAGAAAGCAAGAAAUGGUUUGUUGGUGGAAUAGUAUCCUGGGGAGUGGGCUGUGGAGUUGCAAGGCAAUAUGGUGUAUACACAAAAGUAACAAACUACCUUGACUGGAUUGAGAAAACCAUUCAAGCUAAUUAAAAUAAAAUAAAUGUAAAUACAUAUUACUGACAUUUAAUUAAAACAUCUUAAGACUAUUAGGACUGUAAAUGUUUCUGUUCGAAUUUUUAUUACCAUAUAUUGUUGCAGUUAGAUUUUGGAGCACUGGUUAGAACAGGGAAAGAUUCUCAUCUAUUUACACCUGAUUUUUUUGUAAACAACAACCACUGCAGGGACCACCAAUAUUUUAGUUAAGUCCUAUAUAAAUAUGAGGUUUCUAAUGUAUGUAGAGGUAUAUUCAUAAGUGCAGCAGACACACAUAUUUGUGUGGGCACAGUGGAGAUCUUAGACCUUGUCUUCCUUACUCUGUGCAGCUGUUGGUAAGGUAGUACUUUCAAUCUAUCCAUUUUUAGUAGUGAUCUUAAUGAUGUUCACUCCUGUCUCUGCUCCUAUAUUAAGCAGUUUCUUUUACUUUUACCUCUUCUUACUUACCGUAUAUAUACUCGAGUAUAAGCCGAUCCGAAUAUAAGCAGAGGUACCUAAUUUUACCUAAGAAAACUGGAAAUGCAGGGUGGGUGGGAAAUGCAGCCGCAUAUAUUUUGAAACUACAACCAGCACCCAAGAAUGCAACCAAUUUUAUGUGAUGCAUGGAUCCUGUUUACUAGAUACAACACAAGCAUCCAUUGCAAAGAAACAAGGACACGUAUAUAUCUGUUUUAGUACAAGGAUAAGGACCUUGUGUGCAGUACAGCCUACCAAAGCUCAUAUCAAAUGUAAAAAAACCUGCACAUCCAGUAGAAGAUAUAUUCCAAAUUUCAUUUAGAUUUUACUUCCAAAGUACAGGGUUAAGUCAUAGAGGUUGAAUAUUCUGUUUGCCUCUUUCCUAUGUUAUAUUUAGUUUUGAUGAUUAAAUAUUGCUGUCAUAA